AUGUGUUCUGUGAGUCUGUAUGUAUUCGGUCCUCAAAUGAUAAAUGUAAUUCGUGCUGCGGGUAGCGUGACUCGGAUGGUGGAAAAUUUCUCCUCUGCAAAUUUCAGCAUGUUGGCAGUGUGUAAAUUGCUUGUAACUUGGUAUCACGGCAAAACACUUCAAUCGCUGAUAAAAUCGAUUAUGACCGAUUGGAUGAUUUCGACGAAAGAAUGGGAACGAAAUACUAUGUUGGAGAUUACGAGAAGUGGCAGAAAUCUGUCCUUUAAAUGUUGUGCAUUCGCAGCUAGCUCAAUUAUAUGUCACAUUUCUCUUCAAUUGCUGAGGUUUUUCAAAACUAUUCACCAGCCUGAACGAAACCUCAUUUACCGGAUAGAAACGAUUCAAAAAAGUCCGAACUACGAAAUCACCUAUUUUAUCCAACUUUUCGGUGGAAUAUAUUCAGCUUUCGCUAAUGGUGUUAUUGACAGCUUUGUCUCGAUGCUCGUAUUACAAGUGUGCGCGCAACUGAUAAAUUUGCGGACAAUGCUGAAUAAUUUGGUAAACAAAUUAGCCAACAAAUCUAUAUCAUCCUUAACAUUUAGGGAAGAUUUAGCUGCGAUCGUCGUACGACAUGAUCAUCUCAUCAGGACCGCAAAGACGAUUGACGGCUGCUACAGCUCAGUGUUAUUUGUACAUGUGUUAUCUACUACUUUUCAGAUGUGUUUUAUAACUUUUCAAGUUUUCACUAGCACUAGGAUGGCAUAUGGCGUCUAUGAAUGCAAAUGGUAUGAUCUAUCGUCGAAAGAUGCAAAAAACUUAAUGUUCAUUGUACAUCGAUCUAGAAUUCCUCUUAAAUUGACGGCUGGAAAAUUUGGAACCUUUUCACUAGAAAUGUUUGGAAUAGUUUUGAAAACAUCAAUGGGAUACUUAUCAGCGUUGCUAACAAUGAGAGAUUAA